CGCCGCCGCCCAAAACCCUACCCUCCCCCCCCCCCCCCUCCCCAGCUCCCUCUCUUAUUCUAAUGGCGGCCCAACCCGUCCGGCGAAGCUGCUAGUGCUUGUACCCAGUCUCUUCAUCUGGUACCUCGCGACCCCACUGCUGCCUCCUCUCCCGGCGCCGCCGCCGCCGCUGACAUGGCCACCCUCAACCCGUUCGACCUCCUCGGCGCCGACGACGGCGAUGAUCCCUCGCAGCUGAUUGCCGCCGCGGCGGCGGCGGCGCAGAAGGCCGAGGCGAAGAAGGCCGCCACGGCGCCUGCUGGGAAGGCGGCCCAGCCUGCGGCUGCUGCCAAGUUCCCGACCAAGCCCGCUCCCCCCUCGCAAGCUGUGAGAGAUGCACGUGGUGGCGGUGCACCAGCUCGUGGUGGCUUUGGCCGCGGUGAACGUGGCCGUGGCAGAGGUGGACGGGGAUAUGGCCAGAACCGUGACUUCGGUGGUGACAAUGCCAAUGGCUUCCAGGGAGGUUAUGGUGGUGGAGGCUUUGGGGAUGGUGCUGUAACUGGUGGAGCUGAAGGGGAAAGGGAGAGAGGCCCUCGCCCCCCUUACCGUGGAGGAGGCAGACGUGGUGGCUACAGGAAUGGUGAGUUUGGUGAUGACUCUGAGAGGCCACCACGGAGAAACUAUGAACGCCACAGUGGAACUGGCCGUGGGUAUGAGAUGAAGCGUGAUGGCGCAGGGCGUGGGAACUGGGGUACCGCCACUGAUGAAGUUCUUGCCCAGGAAACUGAGGAAGCUCUGAAGGUGGAGGAGGGUGCUCCUAUUGCUGAGAAACAGGGCGAGCAGAAUGACGCCCCAGCAGCUGAUGAGAACAAAGAUAACAAGGAUGCUGCUGCUGAUGAGGAAGAAAAGGAAGAGGACAAGGAGAUGACUCUGGAGGAGUUUGAGAAAAUAAGGGAGGAGAAGAGGAAAGCACUACUUGCACUGAAGGCUGAAGAGAGGAGGGUUGAAGUUGAUAAGGAUCUGCAGUCUCUGCAGCCACUUUCAAACAAGAAAGAAAAUGAUGAAGUUUUCAUUAAGCUGGGUUCUGACAAGGAUAAGAAGAAGGAAAGUGCUGAGCGUGAUGAGCGUGCCAAGAAGUCCGUGAGCAUCAAUGAGUUCCUGAAACCUGCUGAAGGAGAAAGGUACUAUGGGGGUCGUGGUCGUGGAAGGGGCCGCGGGGAGCGUGGCGGUAGAGGUGGGUACUUCGGGGGUUACCAUCGUGGGCCAGCUGCUGCCCCGGCCAUUGAAGAUCAAGCUCAGUUCCCAAGCCUUGGUGGGAAGUGAAGGGCACUUAGUGUCAUCUCGAGCAUUGCAUUGUCUACUGGUGUCAUCUUUAAAUUUUGGCCGACGUUACAUUAUUGUGCCACGGUUUAACCAGAACAAAUAAUGGUGUUUCAUGUGGCCUUCUUUUCACCGUGUGUUAUUUGAUGUUGUAUACCGGAGUUGUUUGUCAGAAUUGGCCUCUAAUUUUGUAGGCUAGCUUUACCAUUUUGUUGAAGAUCGGCAAUCCUUGAAUGUUUCGUUGCCUCUUGC